GAGGGAAACAGCACCACCCUCAUGAGCCCUUGUGAGACUUCCAAGCCGCUCCACCAAGCACAGAGCGAAUUUUUGGGGCAAGAACAGCUGUUUUGUAACCAAGCGAACAAUGAGACCAACAAAGAAAACACUGCCAAAGUGGAGAGUGAGGGGAAGUGCCACCAUUGUGGGGAUGAACAGAGCCCACGAUGGUUGGGAGUUCCCCUUGGACCAAAAACCCUAUGUCAUGCUUGUGGGCUGGCUAAGUGCGCAGCCCAGCAGCAAAAAAGUAUUGCUGUGGAGGUUGGAGAAACGCCCUGUAUAUUUCCCACUAAACCAAGUUAUAUAGCCAAUGCCCAGCCCCAAAAUCUUUCCUCAGGUCUUGAAACCAGCAAAAACAACAGCAUAGACCUCAUGAGCUCCUGCAGGAUAAAAUUUCCCCACCGAGCCCGAAGCAAAGGCCUCUGUAGGAGAAGAAGCACAAUUCCAGGGCAGCAAGUUCAAAUUGGAGCGAAUUGUAUGCAAUGUGGAAAACAGACAAAUAGGUGGCGGAUGGGUCCCCUCGGACCCACAACUCUAUGUAAUGUCUGUGGGAAUAAGUACCAGCCCUUGUGGGGAAUAAGUAGCGUGAUAGUGAACAUUGCCCAAGUGUGUCAGCAUUGCGAGUCUGAAGAGGCCACUGAAUGGCUAAUGUGUCCUGUUGGACCCAAAGCCCUAUGUGCUGCCUGUUAUCAUUGGAUUAAGUAUUUUUGCAACCAAACUAACAACAAUCCAGACCGGAAAGCCAGUACUGAAGUGGAUAAUGGGAGAAAAUGCCAUAAUUGCGGGGCUGAGGAAACCCCGCUUUGGCGGUCAGGUCCCAUGGGUUCCAAAACACUGUGUAAUGCAUGUGGGCUUAGGUGGUACAAAUUCGGGGAUCUUUGCCGACAACCCUCCAAGUAGAUCAACGCUUUUGAGGAAAUUACAUUUGAGAUGUAAGAAAUUGGAGUAGGGAUGGUGGUGGAGCCUGUGGACGGAAAGUAUGCUAUUGGUGAGUAGCCAUUUCCUUUU